AUGAGAAGAAUAACGAUGGCGAAGGGUGCCACCAUGCGCGCGUUGCUUCUGUUACUUUUGCUGUGUGUUCUGCGGCAAAGCGAGGCCAUUUGGUUGAGCUUGCCUUCUAGUGGAACAAAGUGCGUGUCUGAAGAAAUCCAGAGCAACGUCGUCGUUUUGGCCGACUACGUCGUCAUCUCCGACGACCACGUCCACCCCACUCCCACCAUUUCCGCCAAGGUCACUUCACCAUAUGGAAACCCCAUUCACCACCAAGAAAACGUCACGCAUGGUCAAUUUGCCUUUACAACUAGUGAAGGUGGAAACUACCUGGCCUGUUUUUGGGUCGAUGGCCAUAAACCAGGGUCCGGGGAGGUGAGUCUUAACAUUGAUUGGAAGACGGGUAUUGCCGCAAAGGAUUGGGACUCUAUUGCAAGGAAAGAGAAAAUUGAGGGUGUUGAACUUGAGCUAAGAAAGCUUGAGGGAGCUGUGGAGGCCAUUCAUGAAAAUUUGUUGUAUCUUAGGAGCAGAGAAGCAGAUAUGCGGAUCAUUCGGUUGACCCUUCAGAAGAUGAUUCCGAUGGUUACCCCUCCUAGCUCGUCGUCCAACGCCUUAGCGUCGCUAAGGGUCCUUAGCGACGCUAACCCCUGGAAAGCUGCUAUUUUUCUGCAGCUUUAUUCUUGCUCGUCGAUCCCGAUUAUACGCGUUAUUCAGCUGACGGUCCUCAUCCGCAUCAGACCCAUGCAACGUCCAGAGACAAAGCCCGACUGUAAAGUGAAACGUCAAAUCCAAAAGCCCGAUUUGAAAUCAAAUGUCCAGUUUAUAAGGGGCUACACCUAA